AUGAAUCGCGAUAGUCCUCGCCUGCCACCAGAGCUUGAGCGCAUCAUCUUCGAGCUAGCCGUGCAGCUCCAUCGGCCUCUUGCAGCGACUCUAGCAUGUGUUGCGUCGCGAGUGAAGGAAUGGGUCGAAGUUGAGCUAUACCGCGUCGCCAUCAUCCGCCAUGCCGUUGGAUACGAUAGCGCUCUCCGGCAUGGAUUUCCGUUCAAGGCCGGGGAUGCUCUGCAAACUCGCCCACACAGAUACUCGGACGCUCGCGCAGUACUUAUCUGGGACCUCCCUGAGGAUGACGACGAAGACGCGUUCUGCCAGUACGCCACGCAGCUGGAGGAGGUAGCCCUCUGGCAGCCCGAACUCAAUCCCGGCGAGCUCAGAAAUAACCGUGUGCCUACCUUCGUCUCUCAUCUUCCCAUACGUUCUUUAUCGGUAUUAUCGCUGGACGCUCUGCGGCCUGUCUUGUCUUCAACUGGCCAACUGCCCCUUUUCAAUACCCUAACUCACCUCAGUGUCCUCGCGUUUGAUUGCGACAGCGCCAUGCUUCUCGGCCUUUCUACUUGUCGCAACCUCACCCACCUAGCAUUCCACAUCGAUCGUACGCGCUGGGUCGAGGACGACAUCCUCAGACUCUUCGAAAUUCAUCACCGCCUGAGCGUGCUGGUUCUCGCGGAAUUGCUUGAUUUCGAUGUCGCCUCACAGAGUGUCGACCCCAACGCUGCCACGAGAGUAUACCCUGGACUACCGUCGCAUGUAUUGAGGCGCAUCGUGUACGUCGCACUCCACGACUACGUUGCCCUGGACAAUUGGUUCGACGACAUCGAGACGGCGGAUGGGAUCUUCGGAAACGCAGAUGCUAUAAUGCAUGAGCGCCAGAUCCGCGAAGUGGCUAUAUCAUCGACCCAUGCAUAA